CACUGCACUGAAAAGAAAACAAUACAAGCGGAAAAAAAACAAAUAACGGAAAAAAGAAUAAUGCAACAUAUAUUGCCUUCACUGGAUGUCCUUUUCCUUGGUUUACCAGGUCACUACUCAGUGGCACUGAUAACUCUGCUCCUGUGCGUUUUAAUCGCCUUCUAUUUCGCAAAUUUUUUUAAGGGCAAAACCGAAUUGGAGGACGAGGGAUUAGGAGCUGACGAGCCGCGUGAUGAAGAGGAUUUCGAGUCGAGAACGCCCCAGGGAGAGGAAACCGAUGACGAUGAGGCCUACGAGGAAAACUCCACCGAAAGUGAAGUGGAGUUCCUAGAGGAGCAGCGACCCGGCCAGAACUACAACCACCUGAUGGGCCAGCUAAAGGCCAAGAGGCUUCAGCACAAGAUGGAGAAAACCCUGACUCCCAGCCAGAUCGAGGAGGAGCGCCGAAUCGAGCGGGAGCAGCUAGCAGCCAUCUUUGAUCUCUUGCGUAAACAGGAGGCGGAGUUAAACCUCCAGGAUCGAAUCAGCGAUCAGGAUCUCAAGCAGCAAGUGCGGCUCUACCGCUAAAGAAGAGAUCAGAAAGCUCAGCUUACCUGAAAGCGGAAACUCGUGUGAUCUAUAAGUUAAAUGUUUAAAUCCCCGAUUUGCUAGCUUAAUCCGAAUAACUGAUACAAAAACAUUUAAAAAGUGGUACAUUUUUUAUUUAGUAAUAGCUCCAUUAACAAUGUUAAAAGGUAUUCUAUUAGUUUCGAAUUUAAGCCUUAGUAACUCAAAUUACUCCAUAUUGGUUUAAGACUUACAAGUAAGCGAUAUAUGCAUUUUCCAAUCCAUAUAUGAAUCUUUUGAACAAAAUGUUUUAGCAGCCUAAAAUAACUAACAUUUUCAUAUAAUUAGCUGCCAAAUAUGUUGGUUGGUUUUAAACAGUACUUACAUAGCAUUAGUUUCUUUACAUAAAAAUAUUUGGGCAAGGAAUGUAUCGCUGUAUUAAUUGAAGCUAAUAAAUAUUUUUGUUCGACCAAAAA